AUGUUCCACCAAGUCCUUAUACCAAAAGACGAUAAAUGCGCACAGCCAAAUGUGCGUGAUGCCGCAGAUUAUGUCGAUGACUUCGUUGAUAGCUUCUGCUCGGAAGAGGAGGCCAUUUUUAUAUCCCAAGAGGUCCGAGCGAUUCAUAUGGAUGCUGGUUUUGGGCUUCGCAAUUUUACAUCCAAUGCAUCGAAAGUAGUUGACGCACUCAACGGUACUGAUGUCUCACGUCCAAUUGAUAAUAAAGAAGGUUUCGUUGGAGAGCGGGUACUUGGUUUGUUAUGGCAGUCAUCGUCAGAUUGUUUCGGUUUUAAAUUGAAAUUCCAUAAUGUUGGUGAAGCAGUUGUAAAUGGGGAAAGACCUCCCUCUAAAAGAGAACUCCUAAGCAUUGUUAUGUCGAUUUUCGACCCUCUAGGAUUUCUGAGCAACUUCGUCUAUGGCGACAAACUACUUAUGCGUGAGUUAUGGAAACACGACAUCCAGUGGAACGACCUGUUGCCAAACGACAUUAACGCUGUCUGGGAGAAGUGGCGUAAACAACUCCCAGAAGUUGUGAAAUACGCCAUACCUCGUUUUUGUUUUGGAAAUGGUGUACCUCAAAUACUUCAGCUCCACGUAUUUGUCGACGCUAGUGAAGAUGCCUUCGCCGCUGUUGCCUAUCUUCGAUCGCAAACUUCAUCGGGUAAAAUUGAUGUAACAUUCGUUUCUUCUAAGUCAAAAUGCGCGCCAAUGAAAACUCUUACCGUGCCACGGCUUGAACAUCAGACAGCUGUUUUAGGCACUCGUCUCAUGCAGUGCAUCCCCGAUGAACACAUUCUUGACAUCACAGACUGCAUUCUGUGGAGUGACUCAAAAACGGUUAUCAAAUGGAUUCGAAGAGAGCAACUUCGUUACAAGCCUUUCGUACAGCAUAGAAUAGCAGAGAUAUUGGCCACUACAAACGUUUCCAAUUGGAGAUGGCUGCCCACAAAGCUCAACGUAGCCGACGAAGCUACUCGUAUAAAUGAUUGCAUCAAUUUUAGUCCAGUGACGCGUUGGUCACGUGGUCCCCCAUUCUUACAGCAGGAUGAGCAAUCUUGGCUCUCUGAAGAUGUCAUAGUCUUUGGAAAUGAUGAACCUGAUGAAGAACUACAGUCUAAAUUUGCCUUACUCAUCAUUG